AUUGACACACAUUUCAGGCGCGUGAAUCUUCUGUUGUGCCGGGCUCGCGCCCUUGUCCUCAGCUAGAUAGUCCUCCGGGGGCAGCAGGUAUGGUCGCUACGGGGCUAGCGGAGGCUCUCCUCGGCUUUCAGCUAACUUGGCUUCACAUUCACGUCGCGGUCGGCGCGUUCUGCUUCAUCGUCACCGUCUACAAGUUGAGUCUGUUGACGGCCACCAGAAAAAGUCUGCUGCGACACAUUGAAGCUUUUCCAGGACCACCGGCGAACUGGCUGUUCGGACAUGUCUUAGAACUGAAACAGGAUGGAACAGACUUGGCGAGGGGGGUGAAGUGGGGAAAGCAGUACCCCUAUGCCUUCCCCAUGUGGUUUGGCCCUUCUGUCUGCUUCCUCAACAUCCACCAUCCAGACUAUGCAAAGACCAUACUGACAUCAACAGAGCCAAAGGAUGAUUUGGUCUAUAGGUUUAUCGAGUCAUGGAUCGGAAACGGAUUACUGGUGUCAAAAGGUGAAAAGUGGUUUCGACACAGGAGGCUCUUGACCCCGGGCUUCCACUAUGAUGUGCUAAAGCACUAUGUCAAACUGAUGUCAGAGUCUACACAGGUUAUGCUGGAUAAAUGGGAGAGCUAUGCAAACACCUGCGAGACGUUUGAGCUGUUUGAACACGUGAGCCUCAUGACGCUGGACAGCAUCUUGAAGUGCGCCUUCAGCCACAACAGCAACUGUCAGAGAGAGGGGGGAACAAACAAAUACAUCAAAGCUGUGUACGAGCUGAGCGAUCUGAUCAGCUUCCGAAUGAGAACGUUUCCAUACCACAGUGACCUUAUUUUCUACCUUAGCCCACAUGGUUUCAGACUCAGGAGAGCUCGCAGAGUGGCUCACAGUCAUACACAGGAAGUCAUAAGGAAGAGGAAAGAGACACUGAAAGAAGAGACCGAGUCAAGCCGCAAGAGAAACUUAGAUUUUUUGGACAUUCUACUUUUUGCAAAAGAUGAGAACCAGCAAGGUCUGUCAGAUGAAGAUAUACGAGCAGAAGUGGACACCUUUAUGUUUGAGGGCCACGACACCACGGCCAGCGGCGUCUCCUUCAUCCUGUACUGUCUGGCCUGUCAUCCAGAGCACCAGAAGAAGUGCAGAAACGAGGUGAUGGAGGCCCUGGACGGCAGAGACGCCAUGGAAUGGGAGGAUCUGAGCAAAAUUCCGUACACAACAAUGUGCAUAAAAGAAUCGCUGCGACUUUACCCGCCUGUGCCUGGAAUAUCGAGGAUACUCACCAAACCCAUCACCUUUUUUGAUGGGAGGACGUUACCAGCAGGUUUUAAAGUUGGAACAAGUGUUUUUGGAAUUCACAGAAAUGCUUCCGUCUGGGAAAAUCCUGAAGUUUUUGACCCGCUUCGUUUUCUCCCUGAAAAUGUUUCCAAGAGAUCACCUCAUGCUUUUGUGCCUUUCUCAGCUGGGGCGAGAAACUGCAUUGGGCAGAAUUUUGCAAUGAAUGAGAUGAAGGUUGUGAUCGCCAUGACGCUAAAGAAAUACCAGCUGAUAGAAGAUCCCAGUUUGAAGCCCAAGAUAAUUCCUCGACUGGUUCUGCGCUCACUUAAUGGAAUUCACAUUAAGAUCAAACCCGUGGAGCCACAGAAGUAAAGAGGAGAAUUAAAUAACUGUAAAACACUUCAAUUAAUCUUAGCUGAAUUUAAAAAGUUUUUUUAAAACUAUUUUAUGUAUAUUUUACUAACAAAAACUAGUGAUUUUUAUUUGUUUUUAGUAUCGAAACAGUACAUAGGAAAAAGUUGUGAUCUUUUAAAAAAUGUUUUUUAAUAAAGCAUUAUGUUUUGAUUGCACUUUGCAAGAAAAAAAUUGAGAAAUUGUCUGUGAACUUUCGUUUUAAUAAAUGUUAUUGCUCA